UGGCAAAACAUCACCGGACAAUUCGCUGGAGCUCAACCUACACGAGGAAGCCGAUUGGAUCUUGUCAACAAUAAACCUCUUGUUUAUUUGUGGCGGGGAGGAAAAAAAGCCUCGUAAGCGAUGAGUCUACUCAGAACUUUAUCCUGCAUGUUGUCGGGCGGGGACAACGCGACCGGGGGCCAGGCGCAGGGCUUGGUCCUGCAGCCCGCCUGGGACUACCUCCGCCAGAACCACCACGACCUCCUGAGUAGCCCUCUGUUCCCCGUGGUCCUGUCCGUCACCACCUACUUCCUCCUGGUCGGGGUCUACACCCUGCUCGACCUGCUGGCGCCCACCUGGCCCUGCAUCAGCCGCUACCGCCUCCGUCCCGAGGGAGCCGUCACCUGGCCCAACAUCUGGACCACGCUGGGGGUCACCGUCCGCAACCAUCUGCUCUACAUCUUUCCCGCCACGGUUGCCCAGUGGCUGUGGAGGCCGCCCACCCCGCUGCCCGUCGAGGCGCCCACUCUCUGGAGCUUCUUCCUGGGCGUCCUGGGCUGCACGGUGGUCUUUGACUUCCAGUAUUACCUGUGGCACCUGCUGCACCACCGGGUGCCGUGGCUGUACCGCACGUUCCACGCCGUGCACCACCAGUACAACCAGCCCUUCAGCCUCGUCACCCAGUACCUGUCCGGCUGGGAGCUGUUCAACGUGGGCUUCUGGGCCACGGUGGACCCCGUCCUGCUCCGGUGCCACUGCCUCACCACGUGGGGCUUCAUGGUCUUCAACAUCUACAUCUCCACCGAGGACCACUGCGGCUACGACUUCCCGUGGGCCACGCACAAACUGGUGCCCCUCGGCCUGUGGGGCGGCGCGCCGAUGCACGACGCUCACCACCAGCGGCCCGGCACCAACUUCGCCCCGUUCUUCUCCCACUGGGACCGGCUGGGGGGGACCCACAGCGCGCCCACCGCCUGCGGCCGCUGAAGAGCGGCGAAUCUCCCGUUGACUCGCAGCCCCUUUCGGUCGACCGCUCUGCCUCCGUCACCACAGCAGCUCCUCCUUCCCCCGUGUCUGACCUUGCUGUCUUUUUGACCUUUCCCGCGUGGAUGUGUUGUCUCUCUAGUUCUCAGCUCAGGAGGCGAUCGUCCGUCUGGAGCUGCAGAGAAGAUUCACCUUGUUUGUGUGUGCGUUCUGUACGCCGAUGGUUCAUCCGUCUCUUAUUCAUAAAGAUGUGGUCGGUUCUCUCAGGUCCGUCGACGGACAUGACUAACACGUGUUUCGUUCUAGUUCUUAUCGGAGUCUUUAGCAGGUGGGAGGCGGUGUGAUUACACACAAACGCUAGCAGGGACGGCGUCCCUCUCCCCCUCCUCGGCUCUGAUCCUUCGCUCACACGCAUGAAUGGCGGCCUUUUAGCUGCACGCCAGUACGACGCGUGGGAGCAAUACUAAUCCACCGCUCUUUGAGAUGCUCCCAGUGGAGGAGUUCCCCCAAAAAAACUCUGCCCAAAGGACAAUGAGCUUUGUGAUUAUGUCUUCGCCUUCACAGCAGCAGGUGUUAUUACGAGAAGGGAAAGAUUUCUCAUUCAUGCCAAUAAAUCGGAAUGUAGAGGAAAUAAUGUUGGAAUAAAAUACACACGCUCAUGAAACACUGACUGGCCAAUCUUUGUAGAGACGCGCGUUUGCAUUUCAGAAAGCGAACCAGCAGAGGUCGCCAUUUUCCUCCAGAUGCAGGAGGAACAUCUCGAGCAAACACAGACGCUUCUAGAAGACUUGAACGUGAUACUGGUUCUUCUCAAGCAGGACCUUGGACCCUUUGCGCAGUAGAAUAUCCGCUGAUAUGACCCCAGUGACACAGUGUUACUGCUGAGCGGGGGAGGCCGGUGAUCACCUGCGUGACUCUUGUCUCCUGUUUCCAUUUUCUUUAUGUCAACACCAGCAGCCAGAACCGGUCCCACUGGUUUGUGUGUAACAGAGAUAUGCACGGUUGUAACAAGACGAGCUCACGUUAGUCUGGUACCAGGUUCUGUGGUAGCGUAGAAAUAAACAGACGUCAUUCCCACAAAUGUUCAAGAAUUACAUUUAAAUGUCAAGUGAAGCCAUUUCUGCCACACAGUUAUUCCUCAAUAUCUGGAAAAGGGUUAUUGCUCAAUGGGAAUCUUGUAGUCACAAGUGUGUCACAAUGGACGAGAACCUUGAAGCGCCGCACACGUUGCUGCGUGGAAACACACAACACAAACCGCGCAUAAGUAACUCCACCCGUGCCCUUUUAUUUCCCCAAUGAUAAAGUCAUGCACCCUGCUGUGAAGCGCUCGCGACGUGCAUCAUUUGAUGAACGUCGCACAGGACAGAAACAGCCUGCAGUAACAGUGGGUCAUGUGGACAAACCUAACUGGUUAUCGAUUAAAGACACUGAGGCCCGUCGGGCCGCCUGGUGAGCGCUCACGUUCAUCCCAACAUGUUGCUUCUCCGCACACUGUGUGGCGCGUCGCCGCAACUGGUACGUGUUUGAAUGUUGGCACGUAAAACAGGGGCGGAAGCUUCAGAGCGAGUUCCUGAUUCACCCAAACCACGUGUCCCCCCCCACAAAUCAACCAAUGUUUCUGUGGUAAAGUCUUUUGAAAGGACUCUUUUCCUUAUCUUUGUUCAAUAAAAGUAUUCCAUAAACGUGUAUAAACCCA